AUUUAAAUAUAGAAACAUGUGAAAGUGCAAGUUUUUGUUAUGUCUCUUGCGGGAAUUUACCGGAUCUUGAUGCUUUCUGCUUGUUUGAGCUUUGCACCGGCUCGGCCAGGUGGAGGACGUUCCUUCACUGCCUUUCAGGGUAAGGACACGAACAAUGUAACUGUUGACCGGAUCACUGGAGAUAUGCUCAAGAGCGGCCUCACGACUGUCUUCCUGCCUUUUAUGUACAUCAUCAUCUUUGCAUUGGGGUUGCCCAGCAACGCGAUGGCGAUAUGGGUCAUGGUCUUCCGGGCAAAGAAAAUUCACCCUGCUGCAAUCUACAUGGGCAACCUGGCGCUGGCCGACCUGAUGUUCGUGAUCUUGACCCCGUUGAAGAUCACCUACCACCUGAAAGGAAAUAACUGGACGUUUGGGGAAACAAUGUGUAAAGUAAUGGUUGGGUUCUUCUACGGCAAUAUGUACUGCUCCAUUCUCUUCAUCAUGUGUUUGAGCGUUCAGCGUUACUGGGUCUGCGCCCACCCCCUUUCCCAUCAGAGGAAAAACAACAAACUUGCCGUCAUCCUGUCUGUGUGCAUCUGGAUCUUUAUUUUGGUCAGCAGCACGCCUUUGUACCUGUACCAGCAGACUGUUUACCUGCCAGACCUGAACAUCACAACCUGCCAUGACGUCAACAGUAUCACCAAGGAGAACCAAGUGUUCCAGGAUGUAAAGAAGCCCUUCUACUACUUCAUGGUGAUGGCAGGUCUGGUUUUCUUCAUCCCGAUGAUAAUCAUUAUCGUGGCUUACGUUCUGCUCCUCCGGUCGCUUGGAAACUCCGCCCCCGGAAAAAGGCGCCAACGUGCAGUGUUCCUCAUCAUCACGGUGCUCAUCACAUUCUUGGUCUGCUUCAUUCCCAGCAACGUGAUGGUGGUUGUACAUUACACUCUCCUGGCGAAAGGUUGGACUAACAACGGUUACUCCUCCUACAUUCCUGUGCUGUGCCUGGCCAGUCUCAACAGCUGCCUGGACCCUUUUAUUUACUAUUACGUGUCUGAGGAAUUCAGGGAACACGUCAAGAACACAUUACGGUGUCACAGUAAACAGUGAUGACAAUUUCCACAGAAAUCUGAUAGUAUUUUGCAUUUGUUAAUGCAUUGAUGGCUUAUAUUUAUUGUGAUCUUUAUAGGCCAUUAUGGGUUUAAACUUUGAAGUUUGGCCAGUUGUUGUUUAAAAUUAGAAAAAAAUUCAGAUCUUUAAAAAAGUGUUUUGUGAAAACAGUUACAUAUCCAGAAUUGGGUCAGCAACUUAACAUGAUUGUGUUUCAACUGUUGCCUACAUAGUUUUAAAUUGAUGCUUAUAUCUGCUUGUUUAUGUGGCUGUCAAAAUCCACUUUGACUUCAAUUUGUGUAAUUAAGGACACAUCACUGCUUUUCCAAGGAAAUGUUUCGGCAGUCAUUCAUCGUGAAGUUUUUCCUGUCAUUACCUGUCGAGUUCAUCUAGUGUGUCUCGAUGAGUCUUGGCAAAACUAUGAAACUGUGACAUCACCACAACAAGUAACGAAACCAAGCAUAAACAUGAAACACAACUUUGUAUGACGUGUGUCUAUUGCUGAAAGGGUCACUGGAAUAAUUCUCGUGAUUAAUGAUCAGAUACCAACAAUUUCUUUGAGAAUGUAUUUUUGACAAUUUUCACAGAAAUUUGAUAUGAUCAUGUUUUGCAAAGCAGGUCUAUUUUCUCGAACAUGUUCCAUAUCUGAAAAUCUCUCAAAGAUGCCACAAUGUAUCUGUGAAUCUUGUUCGUUCUGAGCUUUCUUUGUUCUGUGAUAGUGCUCUCUUCUCCACUCCCUUGUUUAGCAAAUAUUUUGCAUACCAUUCACUACCAUGUCCCUUCUGUGAAAUAGAAGGGACAUGAAACCCUCUAAACCUGUUUAACUGGCUUUCUCCCUUUAAGACCUUU